UCCACGGCGCAUGAUCGCUCGGAGGGAGAGCUGCGUGCGCGGGCAGGUUUUUCCGGGUCGUUCGCCCUUGUCUGUUUACAACGAAAAUUCGACGAGGGUAAAAGACGCGUUCUGUUUGCGAGACCGGAAGGAGAGUCGCGCGAAACGUCACUUCGCGAAUUAUACGUGCGCGAAAGUUGAUCGCCGGCGAGGAUGGCCAGCCCCCUGUUUGUCACGAGAAAGGAUGCUAAGGGUUCCUCCAAAGGGUUCUAACCUUCCUCGGGGAGCUUGCGCUGUAGAAGGGGUAUGAGGAGGAGGGGGAAAGCGAGACAGAUGCGAGGUGCACGUUUCCCGCGCGACGCGCACGUGAGUACAGUGCGAAGUGAGUCGAGCGUUGCGUCAACAUUCGCGAAACGUCAUCCCGCCUUCGUUCAACUUGCAGCUCGCUUCGUGCGGGACGUGAUUAAUGUGAAAACGAUCGGGGCCGUGAAAUGAUAUUUUUUUGUGCCGAUAUCGAGAGGAAUCGGUUUCUUUUUCGCGCAGGGUAGAGUCGCGAGUGAGAGACAGCUCGAGGAUGUUUUGUGUCGUCGAAUACGUGUGAGCUGUUGUUCAUCGAUCUCUAUGGAUUUAUCGCGUCAAGAGAUACGUCGCUUUCGUGAGAAAACGUCGUUUACGUUUCCGAGAUUUAAUCUGAGGAUAUCGAUAUGCUAACACGUCAGAAAAAAACUCCUAAUUUAUACAUCGAUAUAUUUGUCUCGUAAAUAGAGAAGUGUGAUUUUUCCGAUUAUAUAUAUCGCUUCUUAAAUAUUACAGUGAUGCCAUAAACAAAAGUCAACAGUAACCUAAUUGAAGAAGAAAGAUAAACAGAAUCAGGCAUACAACUGACCUUGUAUACUAUUGAUGACAACUUGCGAAGAUGUCGCUGCCCCGGAAAGCGAGGUAGUCGCAUUCGUGGUUGUUCCUGCGUGGAAGGAUCUCGGUUGCGAGGUAAUAAAACAUCCCGAGCGCAAUGGAGGAAGUCGAGAGCAUGCACCAGACGCCGCACACCAGCGGGCACAAUUCCCACGACAGCGUCGACAGCGGCUACCUGUCAAUCCUGACGCCGCACACCUCGAUAUCCGGCUACAGGACCCGCUCGUCCUCCGGCGCUCUAUUGUCCGCGAAGAAGCACUGCAGAUUCCGCGCCGAUCCGUUUCAGUGCGAGAAGACGCAGAGACGUCGUUCGAAGCUCAGUCACACGUUGAACGCCUCGGAGACCUCCGUCGAGUCGCAGGAGUCGGUGCUGGAACCUUCGUGCAAUGUUACCCAGGGUCCGGGUCUGGCGCACUCGACGCCGAGCUGCGACAGCAACGCGGAAAUUUUCAGGCUCAAGGACAAGAGGAACUGGAGGACCACGGUGCUCAUCACUCCCGCGUCCCAGGAUUUUCAACUCUGGUCGCCGCCACCGUCCCCGGCGAUACCAUCCUAUUCUGACGUGGCCUCGGAGCCCGGAGUCCAGGAGGAUGUGGAAAUGAAGCUAGUCCAUACGGAAGAUAGAUCGCAGGUCGCGACACCGCCGAGACUGAAAGCCGCGUCGCGGAUCAUAGUUUCGCCGGCCCGCAAGAGGAACGGCUCCACAAUCACAUCGGUGGAGAAUAGGAAAUUGAGCAAGCUGUAUAUUACGGAGCUGGCCACCGUAGCUGAGAUCAAACCGAAAAGGCUGGACUUCGGUCACCGUGGCGUAACUCUGCGAAGCAAUCGCAGAGCCACGUUGGAUUAUACCGGAAGGGAGAAGGUGGACUUCUUGUCUCUUCUGGGCGAGGAGAGCAACCACUUGAACUUGGUGUCGAAAAUUCUGUCUUAUCUCGGCGCCCCGGAUUUGUGUUCGGUCAGUAUGGUGUCCGCGGUUUGGAAGAGGAUCUGCGAGAGUGAUUUUUGUGCCAACGAGAGAAGAAUGAGUUAUAUUCUGUGCAAGCAAAACAUUAAGGAGAAUCUGAGGAUGAUGAAGAAGGCGAAGCACGAGGAGGAUAUACAAAUGAGUCCUAGGGGCAGACAUUACGCCAGGAAGGGCUUCCUGCUGGAUGUACAAAACUUGAUUUGCGUUCAAGCGAAGGCGCCCAACAGCCCGCCUGUCUCGCCGAGCAAAGUCAAGUUUCACUCCUACGUCAAGGCUAGUCGUACGCUCGCAAGUGGCGAGUACCUUCUACCGUGUCCAAGAUGCAGGUUUCCCUCUCAUGUGGACAACGAGAAGAACGUGGGAACCUGUUCGAGGCAGGGUUGCUCCAUCGAAUUCUGCAUCUCUUGCUCGUCGAAACCGCAUACGGGCCCGUGCAAGACGCCUUUACUAGCCACCCCGACGAAACGUAACAAUAAACGUCUCAUCGUUGGUUCGAGGCAGAGCAAGCGGAAUCUGCGACGAUUGUAAAGCGACAUCCUCGGAUUCGACUUCGAUCGCGUUCGGGGGAGAGAAAAACUAGUCCAGUUGCGGAGUCGCGUCGGCUCUGGAGAGAAAAAUUGUAUUAUAAGACGAAAUGCGAUAUAUAUUGUAGAGAAUCAAAAGUAAUUUUAUAUACAAGUAUUAUCAAACGUAAAUUAAUAUUUAAGUAAUUAGUGCUUCUUGUUAGCACGAAGAUUAUUCGAGCAAGAACUGAUGCGAUGGCGAACGUAAUCUGCGCAUCGAGAUGAAUUCGGUUACAAUUUGUGAUGAUCAUUUAUCGUUGCAUCGAUAUAUCUUUGUAGCUUGAAAGAAAAAUGUUUUAGCAAUGCCCCUUUCUGUAAUAUUUUAUCUAGUAAGAGAGGUGACACACACAAGUACAUUUCGCCGUCGUAAACCUCGUUUAUGCAUGCUUUUUAAACGUUAUAAAAUUGGAGAACACCCUAAUUUGCCUCAUUCAUCGACACUACGUGGGCUAAUGAUCGAACUAUAAUCUAAAUCUUCCGAAUGAUGGUAGGAUGUGUAACCGAAUCGUCCUCCUCUUCGUCGAUCCUCAGAACAACCUCUGUUCUGGACUCUGCAAAGAAACGUGCAAAGAACGAGAGAGAAAGAGGGCGAGAAAACAAGGGAUUAGCGGUUAAGGGGCGGUUACCUGCGAAGAAUGGAGAAAAGAAGAGAAUGAGAAUGCGAGAGGGGGAGAGAGAAAUGAGAAACCAUAAAAGCAGCAACGGUCGUAAAACCCCGUAAGAGGGAACAGGCGAAACACUUUGCGCCGCUUGGAUAUUCCGCUUUUUACCCUGCGCUCUCGGUUCCAUAAUGAAGCCGAGGAAAGUCGAUCGCGGUUUCUUGCGGCCGAAGCUCGUCCGCAGAAACCGCUUCUCUCUCAUUUUCUCUUUCCCUCGCGUAUGAAUCAUUCCGUAAAAUAUAAUAAUUGUCCGGACACAAACUCGACAUUCAUCAGAACGCGAUUCUUAUUCAUCUAACAUCUUUCAUAAGACAUUAGAAACGUACGAGAUUGUUUGCUCAAAUUUUCAACCCUUUCAGCGAAAAGGGUAUCUCGUUCUUUCUUCGAUUUUGCUUCUCAAUCGAGCUAUUUUAACAAAUCUAUGAAAAAUCGAAUAAAUUAUGAUAAAAUCAAUAACUAUUUGAGAGAUGGCUCUAAAAAAAUGUUCAGUACAUUAUUGUUUUUCUCUUUCCCUCGCGUAUGAAUCAUUCCGUAAAAUAUAAUAAUUGUCCGGACACAAACUCGACAUUCAUCAGAACGCGAUUCUUAUUUAUCUAACAUCUUUCAUAAGACAUUAGAAACGUACGAGAUUGUUUGCUCAAAUUUUCAACCCUUUCAGCGAAAAGGGUAUCUCGUUCUUUCUUCGAUUUUGCUUCUCAAUCGAGCUAUUUUAACAAAUCUAUGAAAAAUCGAAUAAAUUAUGAUAAAAUCAAUAACUAUUUGAGAGAUGGCUCUAAAAAAAUGUUCAGUAC